AUGACACUGAUAGAGGACAAUUGUGGCUGUGGAGGAGAACAGCUUCAAGCUUGCUUAGAAAGGGAAAGGAGGAGUGCAGAGAAGUGCAAAGAGAAAUUUGAAGAAGAAAGCAGAUAUUUCAACAGCAUCAAUUGUAGCAAAAACUACAGGCUCUUUAGUGAACUUGAAGAGCUUUGUCAAGGUGAGAAUCCUCCUCCUCCUCAUCAUAACCAGCAGGUUGGUGGCGCAGCUGAAAAAAACAAAAACGUGGAAAAGUCAAGGGAAGAUGAAGACAAUAUGGGUCAGAAUUUGGAAGAUAAUUCAAGAAAUAUUGAUGAAUAUCAAACUACAGCAGGAAAUAAUGCACCAGAGGAUAAUGAAAAAGUGGUUGAGAACAAAACAGAUAACAAGAACGGCAGCAACAGGAAGAGGAAAAGACAGAACAAAUUUGAGAUGAUCAAAGGGUUUUGUGAAGAUAUUGUGAACAAGUUGAUGACUCAACAGGAAGAGAUGCACAAUAAACUGCUUGAAGACAUGGUGAAGAGAGAUGAAGAGAAAGUUGCAAGAGAAGAAGCUUGGAAGAAACAAGAGCUAGAUAGGAUUAACCAGGAGCUAGAGCUUAGGGCAAAAGAACAAGCUAUUGCAAGUGAUAGACAGGCUACCAUAAUCAAAUUCUUGAGUAAAUUCUCAUCAACUGGCUCCUCUAAAUGUUUUCGAAGGAGUAAUGAAGCUCUUGUUAAGGUACCAAAUGAUUCAAAUCCUCCCACUACUUCAUCUUCCCUAGUGCCAGCACAAAACCCUAAUCCUACAGUCAAUACCCAAUGCAAAGUUGAUCAAGUUUCUAGUUCUACUUUAUCUACGAUGGUUCUUGGUCAUCAAAACUCUGGUUCUUGUCCAACUCACAACAAUCAAAUCAAGGCCACCUCAGUGACAGAAAGCCAAGCCCCUGAAAACCCUAAUCCAAAAACACUCACUUCAUCAGCUCUAGCCCUAGCUCCCAAAAACCCUAAUCCUGUCAACGCUCAAAGCAAUCCAUCACCACCUACUUCCUCAUUGACAGUAAAUAAAGCUCCCCUAACCCCUACAUCCAAUGACAAAGAAGACCUCGGGAAGAGAUGGCCAAGAGAUGAAGUGUUGGCAUUAAUAAACCUAAGAUGCAGUCUCUAUAACAAUGGCGAUCACGAUAAGGAAGGAGCAGCCAUAAAAGCUCCUCUAUGGGAAAGAAUCUCUCAAGGGAUGUCAGAGUUGGGGUACAAGAGAAGUGCCAAGAGGUGCAAAGAGAAAUGGGAGAACAUAAACAAGUACUUCAGGAAGACCAAAGAUGUUAAUAAGAAGAGGUCCCUUGACUCUAGGACAUGUCCUUAUUUUCAUCAAUUAAGCACUUUGUACAAUCAAGGAACACUUAUAGCUCCCUCUGAAGGGCUGGAAAACAGCCCAGCUUUGCCCGAAAACCACUCGGCGGCUCUGCCGGAAUCUGGUAUCGAUAACUCAUCUCAAAGGGGACCAGCUAAGGAUUCUACUGUGCAUUUUUCUGAAGGUGAGACAAACAUGGUUCAAGUACCAGCUUUUGAAUUUGAAUUCUGAAAUCACAUUGCAUUUUUUGUGUGUAUGUUAAGUUACUACUAGUAUUACAAUAGUUAAUAACAUUAUUAAUACUAUUAGACAUAAUACUUUUUGGGUUUGAUAUUUAAUUUUAUUAUUUUUUUGCCAA